AUGAUUGACCCCAACGAGCGAUUCUAUUCACCCUAUGCCAUUGAUGAUUUCGUCACUAUUAGAUGCACCGUCAUAGAUUGCGACACUCGUCGAUGGCUGCAGGUCGUCGGGCCCAGCAAGACACUACGUGCAGAUGACGACGAAAUGCUCACCAGCAUAAUAAGCCGAUACGUCGACCAGCUUGGCCCAGACGACCACACCAUGGUCAUCGACAAGAAUGGAGAGCUGGAAAGAGUCACUAAUGAAGACGUCACCCUGGAAGUUCUGUAUCCCAAAUAUACUGGGCCGUUGGAUACGCAUCAAGUUGUACGCCGGUCAGAACUACGUGAAGUCGAGAGAGUUAAUUGUGUUAUGGAUUUGGUAGAGUACAAAUCCCCUGACGGCGAGACGAAGGGAGAGAUUGUCGUCUUCAAGUAUACCGUGAUCAUGCAGCGCGUCGAGUAUAUAUGGCGGGAGGCACACCUGCUCAGGGGGCUGAGAGGCAACGAUCUGUUCGUCCCUUUCCAUCGCACAGUUAUCGACGACGUGACUCAGAACAUCCUCGGAUUCACCACUCGAUAUAUCUCAGGCGGUACGCUUCAAGACUACCGCGGUAUCUUCUACUUUCACUGGCUGAAGCAAAUCACCGAUGCGAUUGACGAUUUGAAUCUACGUUAUGGUAUCCUGCACCUAGAUCUUGCGCCGAGAAACAUCGUAAUUGACCCCAGCACAAAGGGUCUGAAGUUAUUUAACUUCAAUAAGGUGGCAAAUGUUGGCGAACUGCGCACACAAAUUGUGGAACGAGAUGUCAGUCAGGUUGAGAAGAUGGAAGAAUGGAAGCUACAGAUUCCCCUGGAAGAUGGAAUAGAUAUCUUGGCCUAUAAGAAGUACCUGAGCGAAUGGGCAGCGAUCCGUCGCACCACAAAGACCAUCAAGCACUUCUCUGAGGCAACAGAGCCGAUUUCGUUGUCUGGGUAUAUUCCUCCUACGCCGGUUACGGUGCACGAUGAAGUCAAUGGAGACUAUCAGACAACCAUACGGCCAAGAAAGGAUGCAGAGAAGGCUGGAGACUAUGUUACCCGCUGGGAGAGACCGGCACAGCAUGAACUGAAAGCGUCUACUUGA